AUGGUGGGCACUUCCUGGGCCCUCGGGGGCUGGCUGUGGAUGCCCUUCCUGGUAACAGACCACGUGCCUGGAGCUGUACAGAGCUUCACAUUGGCACCCACUUUGGAGCUGCUGGUCCCAGCCUCCAGGCUGGGUCUGGAGGGGCCCUGCUGGGUGGGCCUGGGGUCUACGGGACUUUUUGUGAGUGAGAAGUUUGGGGAUGCUUAGCUGUUCCGAAGUGCCUGCCAGCCACUGGGCUCCCUGGGGGGCCUGAUGGGCCACAGCUUUGGCAGCCUGCUGGGUGUGGCCACUGACUCAGAGGGUAACGUUACUGUGGCAGACAAGCAGCAGUGUCAGGCUGACCCUUUCCCUUGGGCUAGGACAGCCUUCUGCAUGGUGCUCAAGGGGCCGGGGAAGCCCUUGGGCAUGGCCUCUGUGCCCCAGAGCCAGCUCAUGGUGAUGGACGCAGGGGCCAGCUACAUGCAACACUCAUAG